CCCGGGGCUGUGGGGUGAAGAAGGUCCGGGGCGCGUACAACGGACGAAGGAGAGACAGCGCCGGCUUCGUUCGCGGGUGUUGAACUCAAGGCGGUUUACACAAUUCUCGUCCUCCUCUUACUCGUCUCACAACAGCAGACCUGUGAGCCUUGACUAUGGAUGGAAAGCUGCAAAAGAAUGAGCUUGCAGGGACAGUUACAUUUACACCACCUUUGUACAUGCAGCGCUACCAGUUUAUUAAACAGUUAGUGAGCAGAUAUAAACCUAAGAAGGUGGCAGACUUGGGAUGUGCUGACUGCCGGCUACUCUGGAUGCUGAAAUUCUGUAAAUGCAUUGAAGUUCUUGUUGGACUAGAUAUCUGUGAAGAUGUGAUGAAGGAAAAAAUGCACACACUGUCCCCCCUUCCUGGUGACUAUCUCCAGCCAAGUGAAAGACCUCUGACAGUCAUCCUCCAUCAAGGUUCAGUUGCUCACAAAGACCCCUGUAUGCUGGGCUUUGACAUGAUAACUUGCAUUGAAUUAAUUGAACACCUAGAGGCAAAAGAGUUAGAGAAAUUUCCAGAGGUGGUAUUUGGCUUUAUGUCUCCAGCUGUGGUCAUAAUUAGCACACCAAACGCAGAAUUUAAUCCUUUGCUUCCGGCUGUCACAUUGUUCAGACAUCCAGAUCAUAAAUUUGAAUGGAAUCGAGCACAAUUUCAGAACUGGGCUCAGGAUGCUGCUGCUCAUUAUGAUUAUACAGUGGAGUUUACUGGGUUAGGAGCUGCACCUCCUGGAAAAGAUGUUGGAUUUUGUACACAGAUAGGUGUGUUUGUGAGAAACUAUGCGAGGAAUGGAGAACCUGACAGACUUGAGAAAUACCAAGAGCAUGUUUAUAAAACUGUUUUCAAAGCUGUAUAUCCAAGUCUUAAGGAUGAAAAGUACUUGCAGAAUGCAGUGAUCAAUGAAGUUAGUCGCACUGCACAAAUAAUUGCAAGGAGACUGUUGGACCACAGAAAACCUGUUUACAAAAAGCACUGUGAUGACCCUGUUGAAACAGAACCCAGAUCCCAGCCAUCUUGCUGUUUCGUGAGAUAUGUGGAGAAUCCUUCUUUUGCUGAAGCCAGCCAUGAAAGUAUGCAGUCAUUUAUCUGUGGAAAUACUGUCUGUGUACCUCUUGCAAAACUCUUGUCUUUUCCCAAAGUGAAACAACUUUGUGGCACCCUAGAAGUACUAAGUAAGCUCAUAACUGGAAAAAUAGCAUUGAGCAGUGAUGGAUCUGCUGUGCUGAUUGAUGCUGAGUAUGAAAAUGAGGAGCAGGAGCAUUAGCAGAUGGUUUUAACAAGAUGUGCUUUUGAUACAGCUGUGUUAACUGGAAGAGAAGGAAUCUCAGAGCUCAGUCUUGAAAGAGAGUAAUAUUUGGCCGCAACCCC